AUGUCAGAAAUAAAUCCUCAAAUCUCUACGGCUGCCGUCGUCGCCUGGCGAAGUCGCGAUACCCUAAAGUACCUGGCCGAGCCUGAUCCCAAACGAAGAAACUUGACAUUCAGGACACGAUCCGACAAGAAUUCCUCCUUCUUCGAGAUCUGCAUACCUAUCUAUCUCAAGCGCACCGAAAACAAAAACACUCAGCCCUCAUCGCUUAUUUUGAGUAUCCCGCUCUCCACCAUCGACACCUUUUCAUGUCAAGUCCUCGCACCAGUCCCUCAGCCCGUGAGGAACAAACUCAUUUCUCAGGUCCUUGGUCUCGAUUUCAAGCUCAAUGAGCAUGUCAUUGUUCUUACUCCUCUCCAAACGAAAGAACAGCCGAUGCAAGGCCGCACGCAGUCUGGCGUGGUUCUUGACAAUAUUCGUGAAAUAUCACAAAUGGCAUCUCUAUCGGUUUAUAUCGAUUACAGUGCUUCGUGUGAAGCUCAACUGAAUUCCAUCCGCAACGCACUGAAUGAGGGCCGCUACCGAUCCGCUUGCAACAGACAGCUUGACCUGCAGAGCCUUUAUAACGGCCAAGGUGCUCAAAUUGCUCGUUUUUCUACUGAGUCAGAACAGCUGCCUCGCACCCAGCUCGAACAGCUGCCCGCUUACGAUGAGGUUGCAUCAUCCUCCUCGAACACAGCAGCACAAAAGAGAAAACGGCCUCGCGUUGAGCCACACGGCCAGGAGAGCGAAAGGACCCCAUUGGAGGCUGAGAGUCUUCAAGCCCUGAAUGAAAGGAUGGCUGCCUUCGAGUUGCGGCAAACUUCGUAG